AUGUCGACAACCGCAGACAGCCACGCGCUGGCGCUGAAGCGCAAGCUGCAGUACGCGGAUAGUACUCGCCUCGAGCCCGCCGCAAAGCGACAUAGCCUCCCAAGCUAUGACCCCCAGACGCCAUGGUUGAACGAGACGAAGCCCUCCGGGGCCUGGCGAAGAGGAGGAGGUAAUCCUGCCGUGCGCGCCUCUCUACCCCUGGCCAAUAUGGUGUCCGCAGUGCAAGACCUGAUCGAUCCGGACUUCGAUCCGCUGACGGCUAUCUUGGACGAGGAGCCGCGAUUUCUGAAACCGUUGCCGAGUGGUAUUGCGCCGGAGGAUUUGGAGUUUUUGCGAUUUCGGGGUGCGCUCUCGAUCCCUGAGAGUGGUCUCAGGGAUGAACUGCUGCGGUGCUAUAUCCAGUGGGUGCAUAGUUUCAUGCCCGUGCUCAACUUGCAGGAGUUUCUGCGCUGUGUGGCGGAAAACGACCCAGAGGGGAAUGUUAGUCUGCUGCUGUUCCAGGCAGUCAUGUUUGUUGGUACGGCGUUUGUCGACCUCAAGCACUUGCAGGCGGCGGGAUUCUCGACGAGGAAAAGCGCGCGCAAUGCUUUCUUUACGCGGUUACGGCUACUCUAUUCGCUCGAUUGCGAGGAGGAUCGUAUCGUGAUUCUGCAAACACUGCUGCUGAUGACAUAUUGGUCCGACCCGGGAAACAAUCCGCAGCGGGACAUCUGGGACUGGAUUGGGGUUUGCAACACUCAGGCUCAAUCAAUCGGACUGAACAGAGAUCCGUCGUCGGCCGAUAUGGACUCACGGACCCGGCGGCUACGAACUCGGCUCUGGUGGUGUCUAUAUACCAGGGAUCGGCUGAUCGCCCUGGGUGUACGACGCCCAUCACAGGUCAACGAGGGAACGAGCAAUGUGCCGAUGCUGAAGCUGGACGAUUUUGAUUUUGAGCCAUUUGCUUCAUCUGUGGUGGCUAUCUUUCGCUGCCGACAGCUCGAAGAUGUGUCGCACCAGCAACGGCUUGCAACAAUGUUCAUCGAGAAAGUAAAACUCUGUCAGUGUAUUGGCCGGGUAUUGUUCGCACAAUAUACACCAUCUCAGCGUCAGUUUGGAGCCACAGAUCGCACGACCAUCACAAUUGUCCCACGACAGGCCUCAGAGUCCGAAUUCACGCGAUGCAGCCAAAAGCUCGACUCGUGGCUUGCUGGACUGCCCAAAGAUGCACAGUUUCUUCCAACGUCAAAAACCAAUUUUCGGGAUGGCGAAGAUGUGCUUCUGCUGCAUGGUGCCAUGGUGCGCAUGCUUUACCACGCAACAAGCAGCGCGCUGCACCGACCAUGGGCAGCCGUGGCGAAGGAUCAGUCCAAAUCCCGAAUCGAAUGGCGCAAUAAAGCUCGUACCAAGAUGCACGAGGCCGCUGCGGGCAUCACCCACAUCAUUCAAGGCUUGAACCAGCUGAAUUUAACACGCUUCCUUCCGCAAUCCGGCGUGACAGUUAUCCUACCUGCGGCCGUGGCCCAUCUGUCCAAUACCAUGUCCGAUAAUCCAGCUGUGCGUGAGAGCAGCAUGUACAACUUCCGCCGCUGCAUCCAGGUCCUCCAUGGCCUGAAAGACAUCUACCCGGCAGCCGAUAUGGAGGUUGCCAAUAUCGAAGCCGCGAUUAAAAUGCAAGGCGGCAAUUCGGGCGCUUUUUUGCAAAUCAUGCAAUACAACCUUGACUCUGCCUCCAAAACGAGUAGCGAGACGACGCCCACAGCUCAAUCCCCCCACCACCUAAACGACAAACCUAUCACCGACACGAACAACUCCCAACCCCCGCGUCCAAGGGCAACAUCCUUCCAUGAUCAGGAUCCGAAGCUACAGCAGCAGCAGAGGAAACCGAGAGCGCAAACAUUCCACGAACCCUCACGACCUGUCUUCUCUAAUGACUUUGACAACCACUUGCCCAGCACUCCUGGCUCAAAUAAGAACACUUUCCCUUCAACCACAAACGACAGUCCAUUCGACUUCCUCUCCCUCGACGCAGAUCUCUUUAGCAACCUCGUAUCCCCUCCCUCUGGUCUCACAAACACAAACACAUACAUGAACAACCCGCAAAACACAACCAUCUCACCCUCAAACGCCGCAGACUUGGACUCCAUCGACUGGACACAGGAGUUAUUCCGCAACGACGACAAUAAUCUAAGAAACCACUUACAUAACACCAACGACGGGAAGCAGAGCCAGACACAGGAUUUGGAAAUGCACGACCAAGAAGACCUAUUCUCCUUCGCGUUGGAUGAUGACCAGAACAACGAUCAUGAUAUGAUCUUGUCUGGUAGUGGUGGUGGUUCGCAUCAGAGACAGUACUCGACUAGCAGUCACCAUCACCAUCCGCCGGAUAUUACGGGGGAUUUGGAUAAGGAUUUGGGUUUUCAGACGGGUGAUGAAGACAUGUUCUAA